UGGGGUUAUCAGUAGUGUAUUAGCAUCUGUGGGGUUAACAUUCUAAGCAGAGCCUUGUGCGCCUGUUAUUUUAAGUGUAUAUUUUGUUAUUUAUUGUUUGCAUGACAUAGCGGAACUAUUUUUACUGUUCACAUUUUUCGUAUUGUUCUUUCAACGGGUUUUAAUUUAAUUUAAUUUAUUGAAUAUCGAGAAAAAUGGUUUCAAUACCAGAAGAAGUAAGUUAAGUGUGCGGUUUGCAAAAGCAUUUUUUGUUGUGUUGAAUGCCGUAAUAAACACGAACAAAAUGCUCAUACACCAAAUGAAGUGUGGACGGAACGGAAUCGCAUGCGUUGUGGCCUAUGCCAGGGCAAUCCCACGAUGGAAUUUCAAUGCCGAAAUGACUUUGCACUUAUCAUGCAUUUGUGUCAAGCUCAUUUGCCAUUGCAUUGCAAAAAAUGUCUAACGCAAUUUAAUUCGAUUGGUGAUUUUUCUUCGGCUAAUAAAUGUGCUCACAUAAACGAUGGCUGCAGUUUGCAUUCGCCAAAAGAAUGUAAUGUAGAUAAAAUUGAAUGUCAAAUGGCUUGCGGUAAAGAAGCAUCAAAUAUUAAUUAUAUUACAGCUGUUCAAAAAUCAUCAUUUGAGAGAAGCAUCUCGGAUAGUGUAUCAUUGCGAAAUUAUUCGACCAUUUUGCAUACAUCAAAUCAUCCACUGUACAAAACUCAAAGUCCGGAUGCAAUGGAAAAGGCAUUGGUUCGUCAAACAUCAACUCCAAUGCAUCAAAAUUUGCUGCAUGCAAAUUCGCAUGACACCGUUGGACAAUCAUGUAGUUCAUGUUUGGUAUCAUCGUCAUCAUCAUCAUCGGGUCAUAUAUCGAAUGUGAAUAGUAGUAGUGAUUCUGACACAAGCACUAAUCCAUUAACUAAUUCCGAUGAUAAUAAAAGACAGAACGUUCAACAGCAAAGUAUAAUGGUUACACAGAAGAAAACGACAACCUUUAAGCGAUCGAGAAAUUCGCUUGCAGUAACACCGCUUACACGCCAAGUAAUGACAAAAAGCAUUCAUCGUGCUAUCCUCGAAUAUCAAAACUCGCAGCAUGGAAUUGCCGUCAGCCCAAAAUCACCAUUGGAUUUACGAAUGCGUGGACGUGAGAUUUUAAAAAUGGAAAACACUUCAUCAAAGACGGUAAAAUGUGAAAAGAGGUCGCCCAAAGUUAUUGACAAGAGUUCCAUUUCAACUUCUAUUGUUGUCAAAUCAAAUUCACUCGAUUCCAAUUUAAGACAAAGCUCUUUAGAAACUGUAUAUGAACAAGACAAAGAUGCGAAUGUUGAAACAUUUGGGUGUUAUGAACGUGAAUGCUGUGUCAGCAGUAAUUAUGAAGUUGUUGAGGUUUUAAGUGACCAAAGUAUUAUCAAUGAACCAUUACUAACAUCAGAAUCAAUUAAAGAAACACCAGUUUUGGUUUCACGAAAAUUAUCGAGUGAAAAGAUCGUCAAAGAAGUUAAAAAUAUCGAUCCAGAAAUUUGGUUUACGCCAAAGGAAUUUGCGCAAACGAAAUUAGUCGAAAAUAUUGAUAUUUAUACGCCAAAAGUGUCGAAGAAACGUGCUACUGUUCGACGAUUCGAUGAUGAUAAUGAAGAGGAAUAUGCUCCAGAUUUGGAAAACGAAUUCGAAACUCAUAAAAAAGAGCUACCGAAUGGAUCAAGAAGUGAGCCGAUCAAAUCGUCAGGCAGUAAAAUAUGGUCAUUUGUAUCAACAUUCUUACGAUUUGCCUCACUAACACCACCAAGCGACAUGUCAAUGCCAGAUAUUAAGACGAACGAUAGUGAUGCAUCACACGUAAUUAUAAAGCGAUGCGCCUCCUUCACAGGAGUUUUGCGAGAGCAAAAUAUCUCAAAUCUGUGCGACGAUGGAAGUGAAGUGGACCCAUUGCAACCAAUCAAACGGCGUCGAAUAACAUCUACUGAUUCACCGUUGGGAGAACCAUCAAUGAAUUAUAGCAAGCGAAUUAUGUGUCGCCCACCUAUUCGUAGGAUGCUAAAUAAAUAACUGUUUCAUUUGUGUUAUAUGCCAUUUCCAGAUCGAAUUCAGCCAUUGCAUUCACAUUAAAUGUAAUAACAGCAACCUAUUUGACGUUGGCUUUAAAACCAAAGAGUAAAAUUUCAAUUACUUUGUUAAAACCAAAGAAAAAUCUAUGUUAGACAGUUGUCAGAGAAACAGUUUACAAAUUGGAAAUACUUUCUUUGUCUUGAUUUUAUCCCAUGGUAAUGUGACUAAUGUCUGUUAAAUCAAAUGACAAACAUGGAAAAUAUGCUUGAAAAAUGACGUAUGAUUCAUGCACCGAGUUCAAAUAAUUUUUAUUACGCAGUAAAAAAAAUCUUUUGACUUUCUAAUUUCUGGUUUGGUUAUUUAACUUAAUAAUUUAAAAAUAAAUGUGAAAUAAAGGAAUAAACAUGUUUUGUGAAGAAAAUUUA